UGUAGUGUAUAACCUAACAACCCCAAAAUGAAAAUCAAACAGUCAAAGAAAAAGGAAGACUUCCAGAACAUGUCCCUGGACAACUUCUUGGACAACAUGGAUGCAGACGUGGGAGAUGAUGAGCCCGAAGUAAAGCCGAAAAGUAAAAUCAAGUCGAAUGGAAUUGAAAAGGCCAAAACUAAACAAGAGAAGAAGCUGAAAGUUGAGGCUAAGCCGAAGAAAUCGGCGAUGAGCUCAGGAGAAUCGCAAACAGCAGCAAACGGAAUUGAAACAAACAAGCUUAAAGUCCAGAAAGUCUCUUCCGAUGGAAAAAAGAAAAAGGAUUUGCAUCCUCCAGAAGUAAAUGGUAAAGCACACGAUAAGAAAGGGAAGGAGAAAAAAAUGAAACCAAAAGCUCAAGAACCGGAAGUAAAUGGUAAAAAGAAGCGAUCGAAACGCAAAGUGGCUGAUCCGGAAGAUUCCGAAGAUACUGCCGAUUUGGAUGAUGACACUGGCAAAGUGUUGAAAAAGAAGAAGAAUAUCAACAAACAAGUAGCGCAAGAGCCGCAAGGAGGAAAAAAGAAGAAACCCGAAUCGAAACCACCCCAGCCAGCCUCAAAUGGAAAAGCUGCUAAGAAAACGAAAGGAAAGUUGACUGCUCCGGAAGAUUCCGAUGGGGAGGAUGGUUCCGAUGCAGAAACGGGUAUGAAGCAGGUGGAGAAGGAGCACAAGCAAGCGCUCGCUAGGUUAGAAUCAACCGAUCCCGAACUGUUUGCCUUUUUGAAGAAGAAUGAUGAGAAAUUGUUAAAAUUCGGGCAACUGGAAGGAAGCGAUUCAGAAUUCGAAGACUCAUCAGACGAAGAGCCGGCUGACGAUGAGGAUGGGGGUGUGCACAAGUUGCCGAAGAAAUUGGAAGUGGCCAGUGAUGAGAGUGAUUUCGAUCCGGAUGAAGACGACGAGAAGGAAGACGCUGGUGCCGAGGAUGAUGAUGAUGAGGAGGAUGGCGAAGAAGAAGGCGGAAAAGGUGACGAUGAUGAUGGUAAGCCGGGCAAAAAGGUAACGUUUAAAAUGUUGAAAGCAUGGACCAAUGAUCUGAACACGAUGCCGGUAAAACACGUCAAAUGCAUCAGGAACAUCUGCAAGGCAUUUAAUUCGGCUAUUUUUACUGUUACUGGAGAAAAAAGCAUUACUCCACCGUAUCGUAUCGAAGGUUCGGCGUUGUUCAAUGGAAUCGUACAAACGUGUGUUCUUUAUCUGGGUCCAGCUGUACGAAGCUAUCUUUCGUUGAACGAGAAGCGUCAGUACAAGGAUUUGAAGAAUGAUAGACGGUUCAAGAAGAUAAAAUCAUGCCUGAAGACGUACCUGAUCGAUCUUACCAACUUGCUCGAGAACGUGUCCUCAUCGCACAUCAUGUCCGUGCUACUGAAGCACCUGCAUCAAUUUUCAUCGAUUCUGGUUUGCUACCAAAGCAUAACAAAACCGAUUCUGAAGCGUCUUAUUGGCAUCUGGAGUACGGCCGAGGAGGAAACGAUCCGUGUUUUAGCUUUCAUGUGCAUCUUGAAGAUUACGCACGCCCAGCAGUCCCAUUUCCUCAGCAACGUGUUGAAGGUGAUGUAUCUGGCGUACGUGAAGAACAGCAAAUUCGUUUCGCCGAACACGCUGCCCAACAUUAACUUUAUGCGUCGCUCGUUGGGAGAAAUGUUUCUGCUGAACUUCAAUGUGUCCUAUCAGCACAUGUUUUUGUACAUCCGCCAGCUAGCCAUUCAUCUGCGGAAUGCGGUAAUUCUGCAGAAAAAGGACAGCUUCCAGUACAUCUACAACUGGCAGUAUGUCAACUCGUUGAAGCUUUGGGGUGAUGUUCUCGGUGCGGCCCAUGCACAUGGAGAAGCGCUCGAACCGCUGAUUUAUCCGUUUGUCUCGAUCGUGAUCGGUGUGAUCAAGCUGAUACCUUCUGCCCAGUACUUCCCGUUGCGGUUCCACUGUUGUCGCAUACUGAUACAGCUAAAUGCGAAAACUAACAUUUACAUACCGGUGCUCCCGUUCCUGGUGGAGGUUCUGAGAUCCCAUAGCUUCAAUGAGCAUCACAAGAAAUUGUCAAUGCGCCCGGUCAAUCUGACCUGUCUGUUACGCUUUUCGCCAGCAAACAUUCAAGAGAACGCCUUCAAAGAUGCCGUAAUUGAUCAAAUUUACGAGCUAGUGCUGGAGUUUGCGGCAAACGAGUCUGCAUCGGUUGGCUUUCCGGAGAUCAUUCUACCGAUCAUACUACAACUGCGCCAAUACACGAAAACAACCAAACAGUACAAGUACUCGCGCAAGAUGAAACAACUGAGCGACAAGCUGAUGGAAAACUACGAGUUUAUGGAGAAGCUGCGCAGCAGGAUGGAAAUACCGCUGAAGGAAACCGAACGUAUCCGUGCCUGGGAGGAAACUGUACGGGCCGAUGGUACACCGCUGAUGAAGUUCUACGCGUCCGUAGCAAAGGAAAGCGAAUCUGCGAAACGGCGAAUUGCUACGAAUUCGGAAAAUAUUAGCGAUUACAAGCUGCCGACGCUGAAGAAGCUGCCGAAGAAAUCGCAGGUGAAGAAGGACGGUCCGGUAACUCUGUUCCCAUCGGACGACGAGGACGAGGACGAGGAUAAGAUUGAAGUCGAAGGCAUGGAGGAAGAAGAUGGUGAUGAAGGCGAUGAUGAAUCGAUGUCCGAUAUGGAACAAGAUAGUGAUGAUCAGGAGGAUAUGGACUCGGACGAAGAAGAGGAGGAGGAAGAAGAAGAAGUACCCCAAAAGAACGUGAAGAAGAAAUCGGCAAAGGAGAGCGGCAAACCUCAAAAGAAACCCGUUGAAGAGUACCCGUUGGAAGAUGGUAAGGAUGCGGAUCAGAUCGAUAUCGUGAAAGAUUUGAAAUUGGACGAGUGGGAUGAUUAA